AUGAGUGAAAAUUUCUUUCUUUCUUUCUUUCUUUCUUUCUUUCUUUCUUUCUUUAGCGGUAUUUCUUUCUUUUCUUCUUUCCUUCUUAUUUUCUUUCUUUUUAGCACCUUCAUUUCCAAUCUUUUUCUUUCCUUUUUCUUUGUAUCAUUCCUUUUUCUUUUGCUUUUCUUUCUUUCUUUCUUUCUUUCUUUCUUCCUUUCUUUUCCAUUUCCUUCUUUCUUUCUUUCUUUCUUUCUUUCUUUCUUUCUUUCCUUUUUUCUUUCUUUCUUUUCCUUCCUUCCUUCCUUCCUUCCUUCCUGUGCUUCCAUUUUAUAUUCUUUCUUUCUUUCUUUCUUUCUUCUUUUUAUAUCCUUUCUUUCUUUUUUACAUUCUUUUUUCUUUUACUUUCUUUCUUACAUUUUUCUUUUUCCUCCCCUUUUUAAUAUCCUAUCUUUCUUUAUUUUCCUUCCUUUCUUCUUAUAUCCUUUCUUUCUCUAUUUCAUUCUUUUUCUUUCUUUCUUUUUUCUUUCUUUUCUUUUCUUUCUUCCUUCCUUAUUCUUUCUCAUUUUUAUGUUCUUUCUUCCUUUGUUUCUUUUCUUUUCCUUCCUUCCUUCCUUCCUUCCUUCCUUCCUUCCUUCCUUCGUUUUUCUUUCCUUUUCCCCCCUCUUUCCUUUCUUAGUAUUCUUUUUUCUUUUUGUUUCUUCCUUCUUACUUUUCCUUCUUUUUAUAUUCUUUCUUUCUUUCUUUCUUUCUUUCUUUUUCUUUCUUUCUCCUCAGCAGAUUUAA